AUGUCCUGGUUAGGAGGAGGCUCAUCGUCGACGCCGUCUUCGGCGCCAAAUACUGGAGUAGCGGGCAACAAGAACAGGCCAAAGACGAUAUAUUAUCUAGGUGCACGUAAAAGAACCAGGACAUGCGUUACCCGGGCUAACAAGCUGCAGAUUCUUCGCACAGAUCAAGGAAAGCAGGCUGUUGAGUUGGCUGGAGACUAUGACCUCAGCUCAUUCAGCAUGUUCACUCGUGAAAAUUACAAACAAUUUAUACAAUUCUCAUCGAAAACGGUAGCGGAGCGAACCCCAGUUGGCAGCAGACACACCAUUGAAGAGAAAAUAGGCAAGGUCCACGUCUACCACACAUCAUUCGGGUUCUGCGCGAUCCUAAUAACGGAGGCUGAAUACGACAAGCUGGCCGCGCAGACCAUCCUCUCGAAAGCAGCAGAUAACUUCAAGGUGAAGUACACACCAACAGAGAUCGCACAAAGAAAUCCUCCUCUCGACUGGCCAGAAGGCAAGAAAUUUCGCGAAGAGGCCAUCAAUGUUGAGCAGACUGGAAUUGCGGCCGUGCAACGAGAACUGGAUGAGACUAAGAUUGUUUUGCACCAGACUAUCGAGAGUGUGUUACAAAGAGGUGAGAAACUGGACACCUUGGUCGCUAAAAGUGAUGAACUUAGCGGCAUGUCCAAGGGCUUUUACAAGCAGGCGAAGCAGCAAAAUUCCUGCUGCGUUGUCAUGUGA